AUGGCUUCGAUGUGCUGUUGCGGGCGUCCAACACACUACUCCUUAUGCUCUGGGGCCGAGAAAAAGCCUUUGGAAGAUGCAGAUGGGUUUGUGCCGGUGUCUCUUGAUCCAGAAGACAGUGUCGGGGAUCUUUCUGUCUCCGUCUUCAUUUUGGACGGUAGAAAUGCACCACCUGAUGAUGGUAUCUGUUCCAUCAAUGCUCAUGUGAUUGCUGCCACUGCAGACGAAGAAAUCACUUUAGGACUUUAUUGUGUCGAUGCACCUGUUCUUAUCCAUUUAUCUCCUCGAAUCGUCAAACGCGUCGCUACCAUUUUUCAACCUCAUACAAAAUGUCGAUUCCUUAUAUACGUCCCGGAGUUCUGUUUCUCCGGAGUUGCACGUGCAAGAGUCAUCCGUGAUGACGUCAUUGUUGAAAUUGCAAAAUUUAUGCCGGACAAAUUGUGCCAUGAUUCUGCACGAUUCAGUCAGCUGGACACAAUUGCGCUAUCAUGCACAAUGGUGGUACUCAAACAGCUGCAGGAGCUUCGAGAAAAUACAGAUAUCUCACGCAGAACUCGCCCUGCAGCUCCACUCAAUCUUACAGAUAACGAGCAAGAUGCUGACGAAGAGCUUCCCUGGCUCUCGCGACUUUUCACUGGUCAUGACUAUCGGUGA